GCCCCGUGGAGCUGGCGCUCGCUCAUUCAGUUUUCUAGAGAGAUCUGAGCCGGAACCCGGGAGCCGGGAGAUCUUUCUCGCCCACCCAUCUCAGCAGCAAGGACAUCUACAGGGGGAAAAACCCACCCCACGCAGCCCCCCGCCGCCCCACGGCAGCUGCUGGCGCUGUGCAGUAGGUGAUGGAAUAAACAACACUUUCCUUUGGAUGGAUUAUACUACAUGUGAACUGCCUGUUACUCUUUCCACAAGAAUAAGAAAAGCCCUUUGCUUUCAUUUGUUAAAUAUCAGCUUGAUGGGAAAAAGCAUCUGAAUGGCUCACACUCACAGCAGACCAUCACUUGAAUGGGAUCAGCACCUCUACUAAAGCAUCUGAAUUUAAGGAUUUGGAAAAGAGGUUUUUGCAGAGAUGACCCACUUACAAGCUGGACUUAGUCCAGAGACUAUAGAGAAAGCCCGCCUGGAACUGAAUGAAAACCCAGACAUUUUGCAUCAGGAUAUCCAGCAAGUCAGGGACAUGAUCAUCACGAGGCCUGACAUUGGGUUUUUACGUACAGAUGAUGCCUUCAUCUUGAGAUUUCUCCGAGCCAGAAAGUUUCACCAAACUGAGGCCUUCAGACUGCUGGCUCAGUACUUCCAGUACCGCCAAUUAAACCUGGAUAUGUUCAAAAACUUCAAGGCUGAUGAUCCAGGAAUCAAACGGGCUCUGACAGAUGGGUUCCCAGGAGUACUGGAAAAUCGUGACCACUGUGGCAGGAAGAUUCUUCUGCUUUUUGCAGCCAACUGGGAUCAGAGUAGGAACUCCUUCAUAGAUAUCCUUCGGGCUAUUCUACUUUCCUUAGAAGUGCUCAUCGAAGAUCAGGAGCUUCAGAUAAAUGGCUUCAUUCUAAUUAUAGACUGGAGCAACUUCUCUUUCAAGCAAGCCUCCAAGCUUACACCAUCUAUCCUCAAACUGGCCAUUGAAGGGUUACAGGACAGCUUUCCUGCACGUUUUGGAGGAGUCCAUUUUGUCAAUCAGCCCUGGUACAUCCAUGCCCUGUACACGCUAAUCAAACCGUUUCUCAAAGACAAGACAAGGAAAAGGAUCUUUCUUCAUGGUAACAACCUGAACAGUCUUCACCAGCUAAUACAUCCUGAAUGCCUGCCCUCUGAAUUCGGGGGGACUCUUCCUCCCUACGACAUGGGCACAUGGGCUCGAACGUUACUUGGUCCCGACUACAGCGACGAAAACGAGUACACCCACACCUCCUACAAUGCCAUGCACGUGAAGCACGCGUCCUCCAACCUGGAGCGGGAGGCCUCACCCAAACCCAUGAAAAGGUCCCAGUCCGUGGUGGAAGCUGGCACACUGAAACACGAAGACCCGGGGGAAAGCGAGAACACCCAACCACUGCUGGCUCUGGACUGAGGUCCCACAUGCCCAACAGACACAGAUCCAUGAACAGACUUCCACCGUACCAGAGACCCACAGAGCACACCACACACAGACACAUGCACACACACAUGUGUUUUGCUUGAUGGCAAGUCCUUCAUGUUUCCUGACCAAGUAACAACCGUCACCAGCCAUCCGUCCGUGCGGCCGACGCUGAACAAAAACUGAGAAAUUUCUAUUGACACAGGAAUCUGUCCAUAUACAAAGAAUUUCUUUUUUUUUUUUUUUUUGAGUUAUGACAUUAAAAUAUUGGAAAUAGUGGAACUGCAUUCUCUGUUUAAAGAAACCAGGGUAUGUCAGUAGUUUUCCUGAAGACUUCAUCAGGGAUGUUCAUUUUAUAGAAGCUAAGGAGUUGAGUUUUAAAGAAAAGCAUCUCGAAUUUAAACUUUGCACUGUAAUCAGUAAGUGUAAUCUGCAUCAGAGGGCAGAAUCAUCAUUUACACAGUAUUUGAGUUUUACAGAAGGAUUUUGCAUUUAAAAAAA